AUUUGGAUUAUAUUAACCUUGCGUAUAGGUCAAUGUAUUCUCUGUGGAGAGGAGAAGACGAUUUUACUUCAGUUCCAAAACUAGAAGGGUGGUUCGAAAUGAACAUCUGGGCCCAUUUAGUUGAUCCUGCUUUUCGUGAGAUGGAAACUGAUUUGGUGCGAGGAGAAAGGAUGUGUUUAUCGUCAAGCGAUAGAAAAAAUAUUGAUAGGUCUGAAAAUGACCGAAAAAAAAUUGGCAAAAAGGGGGAUGGGAUCUUUAGAUUACGCAAAAAGCGCCUUGAAUUUGGCGCAAUUGAAGCUGGAAGAAACUGGGAGGGAACAAAGGGAACCAAACUCUUAACGGAUUCCUUAAAAAUGUCCAAGAUGCUUAAAGAUAUGAUUAAUGUACUUGCAACAGAAUGCGAUAUGAAAGAAGAUGUUUUGAGAAAGUUACAAAUAGCUGGAAUUCUCCAAGGAGCGAAUAUGAUGCAAGUGAUUACCGUAGAUCUUCCGAUGGGAUAUGUUACUCGUAUCCAUCGUCGAAAAUUUUAUGAAGUUCCUGGUCGUUUAAACAAGUAUCAACCGCUUGGAUUCAUUAUAAUGGAGGUUUUAUUCGUAAAAUCUGUAAUUAAGCAAACACUUAACUUGAUUAAUGAGUCAAAAGUAGAUUUCGAACAUUUUCUUGAUAACUAUUACGAAAAUGACGGAUUCCAGACACUCCCUCAAAAUAUUGUAUCCCUUACAUCAUCAACUCAUAUAACUCCUGAAAAAAAACGGGUUCGAGAUCUUCAAGAUAUUAGUUAUAGUGAAUGUGAUAGGGAUAAAUAUUAA